AUGACAACAAGCGUUGUUGGACGACUCGUCAACGCCAUCCAUUUAAAUGCAACACAUCCAAAACCAAAUUCUUUACUUGCAUUCGUCUGCAAGUUAGCUUCAUCGCAUUCAAAUAAUUCCUCAAUACAUGGGUUUGCAAUUGAUGAUGAACCAAUUGCUUUAUUUCGAUCGGAACUUGAGAAACUACAACAUAUACUACAUUUCCCCGAGGAAUUAGCAUUUCAGUUAUCAGCAAUUGAAUACCAAUUAUUUUAUGAAAUGCAACCGAUGGACUAUGUUCAUUAUGUGAGCUGCGAUCUAACUUCAAUACCAGUUGCAGACAAUCCAAGUCCCAUUCGAAAUCUCGUCAAACGCUUGUCUGAGAUAUGUUGCUCUUUUUUUUUUAAAUUUUCAUUACCUAUAAGUUCAUGGAUAACCCAUCUUAUAGUAAGCAUGCCAACAUCUGAGGAACGGCAAACAACUCUUACUUCUAUUUUCCGAAUAAUCGAUGUAUGCUGGAAUAUUGGUAAUUUUAAUGCAGCAGUUGAAAUUUUGAUGGGACUAAAAAGUGAAAAAUUACUAUCAUUUUGGUUAUCAUUGAAACCUGAGAAGAAGAAAAAAUAUGAACAGCUUUGUGAGGCCCUGUUACCUAGCAAUCAGGCUGCUUUAUCCACAACUUAUCGAGAAGCGAUUCAAAGAGCUUUAUGCAUGCCACAGUGCAGGGUGAUUCCUUUUUUCGGUGUUUUCUUGCGUGACCUAUAUGCAAUAGUAAACGACAUGCCAAGCGUUCUGAUGACUGCUGAUGAAGAUAAUAAAGACAAACCUGAGUUUAUGGAUGAACAAAGUGGUGACAGUCAUUGCUCGUCCAAAACUGCUGUUAGUGGUUUGUUAAAUGCUGAUAAAAUCAGUCUGAUGGCUGUGGUACUUGGAAAUUUGGAAUUAUUUUAUCGUCAUUAUAAGAAUAUGUCCAGUUUUGUAGUGGAUCCUAAUGGGCCAAGUGUUGGAAAAGAAAAUCCAAAACCUAUGGGUUACAAUCCGGUGCAACCAGUAAAAGGGGUUGUGAAAAAUAUUACUUUGGUACCUUUGGAUACGAAUCGUUUCGAUUUGGAUGUGAUCCAGCGGCUUCAUCAUGGUACCACGGUUAUUCGUUAUGAUCCGGAUACAGGUCGCAGCACACUUUGCAUCUUGAAAUUGGAUGCCAGUUGUAGCUUAUUGUCAUGGCACAAAGUUGGUUAUUUAGGAACGAAGGAGAUGAGAGAUAAAGAAGUACAUAUCGCAUCGGUGGGACGAAUGCAAAGCGUAAAACCUCAAAGUAUAACACCAUUAGAAAGUCGCAAUCCUCCUUCAUCACCAAGUUUACGGCCAGCUGGAGUUGCCUGUACUACACUGGAUUGUGGCUUUUUAAAACUUUCCUAUGUUAAAUCUAUUGAAAAUGUUGCUUCAAGCGAUAUCGACAUUGAGAACAUUUAUCGACGCCACAGCAACGAAGAAAUGUCUGUGCAGAUGCAUUGUUGGACAAUAAAUAUUGGCUGUUACUUGUCUGAUAAUGAAUUUUUGUACUUCAUUGCACCGGAAAAAAGCGCUCAAUACUGGAUAACUGGACUAACAACUAUUGUAAAUUACUUACUGGAACAACAGAAAUACGCAGAUCGACGAGUUCUAUGGCUAAGGAAAUUAUAUUUACAACUGUGCACUAAUUACGAACAGUUUAAGAUGAUCGAUGAAGGCGUAACAUCUAGCCCACACCCUUAUCAAGCUCUUCAAGCUUUUGGUGGUCGAGCCGAAGCUUUGAAGAGUUUAGGUUUGCAAAGUAUCGUUCCAAAAUCACUUCAAUCAAGAACGUUUCAUUCUGCAAAAGUUACGGCGACAAAAGGUCGUUUAAAACAAAUGACAAGUGCUGUUGCUCGACGAAUGAAAUUCAUAAACCGUAGUAGUGUCCAUUCACAAAGACCAGAACUAUUUGUAUUUUCGGAGACACGACAUCAGUCACUUCGAAAUCGUGUAAGUAGCGAACAGUGCACAAUGUUUAAUUCAAGCACAUCACGGAAAAUAUCGAGAUCGUGUGACAGUUCUUCAUCAACGGAUACUGCUAAUUUCAUCUCUUGGCAUAAAUCCAGAAGGCUAUCAGCAAGAACUUUAGGCUCUUUCUGCUCUGGAAAAAUGAAAAAAACAAAAGUUUCCGAAGAUGCAAGUUUAAGCCUAACAAUUUCCAAAGAGUCUUUGGUGUCUUUGAAGUCGUACGAAGAAGAAUAUUCGGAAAAGCCUGUUACGUUAUUUGAAUUUAUUGAAUUAUACAAAUUAUUUAGUACGAACAUGCGAACAGAUCUAAAAGAUAUUUUCAACGAUUUCUUUGUUAUGCAUGGAUGUGACAAUGCAAGUGAAAUUAAGCGUGAAGACAAUCAAAAGACUUCACAAAUGGAACCAUCGAUUUCAGAUAUUGAAUCUAUACCAUACGAUAUCCUUACAAGGAAUACUUCUACAACAACUCAACACAUUAGUGAAAAGCAGCAGAAGGUAUACAGCGCACUAGCUCUUGCUAGUUUAAACAGUACGGCCUUAACGGAUACAACAAGAUGUCCAUUUCUAACUCCCGCAACGUUGAAACAAUUUAUUGAAAUAUAUCAGAUGGAAAUUGUGGAUGAUGAUUAUGCUAUUAAAAUAAUACAGGAGCACGAACCGAAUCCAGCUUACCGAAGUAAUCAGCGACUUUCAUUUGAAGGAUUUGUGCGCUACAUGACAGAUUCAACCAAUUAUGCAUUUGUACCUGAAGCAAUUAAACCUGAUCAAGAUGCACUUCACUAUCCAUUAAAUUAUUACUAUAUUUGCUCAAGUCACAAUACUUAUCUCACAGGUCAUCAGCUAAAAUGUGAAUCAUCCACUGAAAUGUAUCGCCAGGUGCUAUUAACUGGCUGUCGCUGUGUUGAAUUAGAUUGCUGGGAUGGUGAAAAUGGCAUGCCUCAAAUAUUCCAUGGUCAUACUUUAACGUCCAAAAUUGGUUUUCGUGAAGUACUCUGUGUUAUCAAAAAAAGUGCCUUCGCUACUAGCAAUUUACCUGUUGUUUUAUCAAUCGAAAAUCAUUGCUCACUUCAGCAGCAAGGAAGAAUGGCCCAAAUGCUUAAAAAUUACUUCGGAGAAAAACUUGUUACAUAUUUUUUGUUCGAAGCUGACUAUAGUAAUUCUCCACGACUUCCAUCACCGUGGCAGUUGCAGAAUAAAAUUUUAAUUAAAAAUAAGAAAAUGAUCGCAGAGCCAAGUGCUGGACCACGAAUGGAUAAAUAUUUUAUCAAAAAUGAAGACGAUACGGUUAUCGAGCAGAUAGAUGGAUUCUAUGGAACAGAUGAAGAUGAUCUUGAAGAAUUUUAUGAUGAUCUGGAUGAUGAAGAAGCAGAUUCGGAAAGCCCGAAGAUAAUGAACUGGUUGUCAAGAGGUACAACACAUGAAUCGUCCAGUGAAACUGAAGAGGAGCGCAAAUAUUCCGUAUCCAGAUUAACGCAUGCUAUAAGUGCACCAUUCGAUUCGAGAAUAAGUAAUGAAUCAUUGCCAGUUAAUGGAGAAAGAGUGUUGCAGAGAUCCAUUAAGAAGAUACCGGGACCUCCAGUUGCACCUGAAUUAUCGGACCUAGUGAAUUAUAUGCAAGCUGUUAAAUUUAAGGGUUUUCCGGGAAUGGUCGAUUUUGUUCGUCGACAGGAAGAGUCUGCGAAAUCCCUGGUAUUGGGGACGAUUCGAUCAGGUUCUAAUUCAUUGUCAAUAGCAACUCCUACACGACGUUUGCGAAAUGCUGCAUUAUCCAACGGAGAAACUAAAUUAAAAUUCGGAGAGGAAACUCAAUUUUCUGUCACUUCAUUUUCAAAGCCCAAUAGUAAUGCAUCGUGCUAUCAAGUUACGUCACUUAAUGAAUCAUCCGCCCGGAAACUUUCAAGGAAACAUCCACUGGAAUUUAUCGCUUAUUCACGCGAGCAGAUUGUUAGAACGUAUCCUGGCGGUAUGCGCAUUGAUUCUUCCAAUUUCAAUCCAGUUCAAUAUUGGGCAUUUGGUUUGCAAAUGGUUGCUUUGAAUUUUCAAACUACUGACACAGCAAUGGCUGUAAAUACAGCAAUGUUCGAACAGACUGGGAAUUGUGGAUAUACUUUGAAACCGAGAAUUUUAUGGGACGACUGUCACCCAUAUUAUAAUCGUUUCAAUCCGUUCUGCAAGGAUACUACUUCAAUAUCUGCUCUACGCUAUACAGUUACGAUAAUAUCAGGACAGCAUGUUUGUCCAAAUCAAAAUGUUACUUCAACUUAUAUUGAAGUGGAAAUUAUUGGAAUACCAGCAGACUGUGCCAAAGAAAAGAGUAAAGCAGUUAGUCGAAAUUCGAUGAACUCAAUUUGGAAUCACACCUCAACAUUUCGGAUCGCUUUCGUUUAUCUCGCUUUUUUGCGAAUCUGUAUUUGCGACAGCACAAAUGGCAGAUGUUUGGCACAACGAGUAGUUCCUGUGCGUUGUAUUCGUGCAGGAUAUCGCCAUCUUCCGUUACGAACACCCGCAAAUGUACCGAUGGAUCAGGGAACCGUAUUUCUCUAUUCACAUUUUGAACAAGAAGAACAUAUUCAUUUGUAUGAUGAAGACAGUACUAUCAACUGUAAUACAGAUCAGCAGUUGCAUCCCCAGAUACUUAAUAUCAAUCCGAUGGCAAUGAUAAAAACAGUUUCCAUUCCCAAACGACAAAUUUUCAUACUGCGAAUAUCGGGCAUAUAUAACGACGAUACAUCGGUUAUUGUGCAUGCUGAAUCAUUCAGCACAGUGCGAAAUAUCAUAGAAAUGGCACUCACAAAUGCGGGUAAAAAUGCUGACACAGCUGAGGAAUAUGUUUUGGUUGAAGUAAACAGCAGUGAAAUAUUGAGUAACAGUGAUGAACAUAAAAAUAUACAGUGCGAACAUCGCAUUUUACCAUCCAAAGAACUGGUCAUGGAUUUUGUUGCAUGCUGGAAUGGUUCCACGCGACGUUUCGUCGUCAGAAAAAAAGGAACGGAUCCUAGUAGCAGAACAUGGAUCAGUUCCAUAAUCAAAGCUGGUGUGGGACCAUCAUCAUCAUCAAUUCAGUCACCAUUGUCGGACAGAAAAGCAAAUAAUCGUUCUUCAGGACAACAUGCUGUGCUUCAUAGAAUAAAAUCUUUGGAUCCAGAUGUUUCUAAUGAAAAGAAGGUUAUAAACGAUUUGCAUCCACUAACGUAUACAAUGAGUACAACGAGAACUUUUCUGGUAUGUGUUCAUAACGUUAGUCGAAAUCAACCGUACGUCAUUCUUCGGGCAAAUAUUUACAGCACGGCUAAUGAUAUCAUCAAAGAAGUUUUCCUGAAAUCAAAACAAACGUAUGUCACUGAAUCAGAAUAUGUGCUGGUUGAAGAAACAAUGAAGGAAACAAAUUCAUCUUCAACUACAUCACUGAAGCUGAAUAUUCCUGGUAAUAAUAUUUUAUUUGGAGUGAAAAAUACUGAAGCAGGAAAAUCUUCUGAAUCUAAAAUUGUUUCAAUGCGAGUGCUAGCAUCAGAUGAAAUUGUAUGGAAAGCACAAAAUUCAUGGAAGACAUCUGGACGUUUCAUCUUGGAAAAUCGCGAACAUACCAUUCAUUCAACUAGAGAAAAAGUGAGAAGUUUGUUGCAAGCACUUGAGAAUGCGCAUGUGAGAGCUGGUUCAUCACAAUUCGUUAAACAUUAA